UGCACACAGCUUGGAAAAAUCCCAACUUUUCGCCCGCCCCCAAACGCCGCAAUAAAAAAGGCGGGGGCGGGAGCGAGAGCGCGCGCGCGCGGGAAAGGAUGCGGUUCGCGGUGACGAAGGCGUGUGGCGGGGGCGGGAAGGCGCGCGCCGGCGCCCUCUACGUCGGCGGCGGCGGCGGUGGCGGCGCCGCCGUGGUGGAGACCCCGUCGCUCCUCCUCUCCACGCGGAAGGGCCUCCCCGCCUUCGUCUCCCGGGAUCUCCUCUCCACCCUCCCAUCCCCCGAUUCCCACCUCCUCCACGUGAGUCCUAUCCACUUCAUUGAGUGCCCUUCAUCGAAAACUAUUUCAAAUAUUGGUGGUUUGCAUCAGAUGCUAGGUUUACAAGAACAUAUCUUAGUAGCCGCAGCGAGUGAUUCGGUUGAGAGUCUACCGGAAAGCGAAGCCUCCAACAAACUUGGAGCAUCAUUCGAAACACCAUCCGGUCGCCGAUUGGUCAAACCUUCAGAAUACAUGCAAAUGAUUACUUCCAUGAAGCCUAACUUGUGGGCAAGUUUGGCGGAUGAGGUGCCCGCAUGGGUUACUGAGAAGCGGAAUAGAAUUUCUGUUGAUAGAACGCUACGCUGGCUCGAUGAUUGCCUUGCUGUGGACUUGGAAGCUGGGAAAAACACGUUGGGCGCUGUUGUUGGAGGAUCCAAUAUAGAUGAGCGGAAGCGUUGUGCAACUGAAGCGUCGCUACGAAAUGUAGCAGGUUUCUGGAUUGGAGGGUUUGGCCUGGGAGAGAGUAUGGAAGAACGGUUGGCUUUGCUUAAUGCUGUUACGGAUUGCUUACCAGAAGAAAAACUGCGCUAUGUAUCUAGACUUUCGCUUCCAGAAGAGGUCUUGCAGGGUGUGGCUGCCGGGAUUGAUCUCUUCGACUCCACAUACAUCUACCAUCUUACUCUUGGAGGGUUCGCACUUGUGUUUCCUCUCGACAUUGUCGAGAGAGACAAUUGGGAUUCUCGGACGGAUAUUGAAGGUGCGGAUUGCACAAAGAUAAACCUACGGGCAACGAUCUACAGGAAAGAUACCUCGCCAAUUGUCGAUCGUUGUGGCUGCUUCACAUGCCAGAAUCACACUCGAGCUUACAUUAAUCACCUGCUUAACGUCCACGAAAUGUUGGCUCAGAUCUUACUGGAAAUACACAAUACUCACCACUAUCUCGGAUUUUUCCGCUUGAUGAGAGAAGCAAUCAAGGGAGGGAAGUUUGAGCUGUUCCGCCAACGGUUCAUAAAGAGGCGGCGUGCUUUCCUAACUGCAGAGGCGCCGUGCUCGUUAUAACCUGUCGUGGAUUUCGCUUCACAUUGGAGUGAUUUGUAAUCUCCAUUUUCGCGAUUACUAAAACUGGGGAUCUGUUCAAAAACUGCAGUUGUUUCGAUCUUUCGAAGCGAUAGAGGGAAGGAUACAAAUUUCAGAUUCUGCUAACUGGAGAAUAUUUGACACUCCGUCGAAUUCGCGCGCGAGUUCGUGCCUGUGAUUGUAUUUUUCCCUUGCAUUGUGGAUUUUCUAAUGCUAACCUUGCAAUUGCCCCCCUUAAUCCAAUGACAUUAAGCUUCUGUGAUA